CAUCACAUGACAAAAUGGCGGACAUGAUGGACGACGGAGGUAAUUUGAGGAACGCCGUCAACUGCACCGCCUCGGGCUGUAAAUGGCCAAAAUCUGGAAAAAAGGUCAAAGUUCCUUAUGAAAUCUCCACAGAUUAUUCGAAGAAGCAGAGGAACUUCAUCGUAAAAAUUCUGAAAGACUUCAAGAAUAGUACCUGCAUUCACUUCAUAAAGAGGAAGAAAAAGCAUAGAGACUACCUAUACUUUUUUUCUGGCAAAGGGUGUUGGUCGUACAUCGGCCGUUUGCAAAAUAGACAGCAAAUCUCCUUGAAGGCAGACGGUUGUUUAUUCAGGAGCAUCAUGGAGCACGAGGUUCUCCACGCCAUCGGAUUCCACCACGAGCAUGUUCGUUCUGACAGAGACGACCAUGUCAACAUCCAUUAUGAAAACAUCCGACCAGGACGGAGCCGUAAUUUUGAAAUACAGGAAACAAACAACAUGGCUACCCCCUAUGAUUUUCAAUCUGUGAUGCACUACAACCAAUUUGUCUUCUCCAAAAACGGCAAACCAACCAUCACUGCCAAAGACAAGUCCAUCACUAAUUUCGGCAAAGCGACUGAGAUGAGCACUAACGACUACGCACGUGUCAACAAACUUUAUGAUUGCUAAAACGCCUGUUAUGAAGAGCAUCUCCGGUGACCAGCAAAAACCAGUUUGUGUACUGGGCAAGUGGAUCGGUGUACCCCAGAAAUUAUUUUUGAAAUACAUUUUUCAUAUUACACUUGGUUUUACUUUUAUGUACGAGAACUGGUUGCAGUUUUCAAAACAGAUGCACGGAACAGGGGUCUCAAACACGCGGCCCGCGGGCCAAAUGUGGCCCGCAGGAUGACAGUUUGAGGCCCCCCGCCUU